AUGCCUCGUGGUCAUAAAAGUAAGCUCCGUGCCCGUGAGAAACGCCGCCAGGCCCGAGAUGACACCCAGGGUCUCCAGUUCACUGCAACAGAGGAAGAAGGGUCCCUUUCCUCGUCUUCUGUUUUGGGAGCGACUUCCCAGAGCUCACCUACUGAUGAAUCACAUAGCACUCACCAGGGUCCUCGAAGAGCCCCAUCCACUGCUGCAACUUCUGCAGAUGUUUCAUGCAGAAGAUCUGAUGAAGGUGCCACCGAUCAAGAUGAAGAGACACCAAGAGUCUCACAGCCUUCACACCCCACUGAUCGUCCACGCAGAACCCCUCUAGACCAGAAGGCAAUUUUGCUGGUUCAGUUCCUGCUACGAAAGUAUAACAUGAAAGAAACCAUAACAAAGGAAGACAUGCUGAAGUAUGUCAUCAGAAGGUACAAGGAUCACUUCGAUGAAAUCCUCAGGAGAGCCUCAGAGCUCAUGGUGCUGGCCUUUGGCAUUGAUGUGAAGGAAGUCGACACCACCAGGCACUGCUAUGCCCUUAUCAGCAAAUUGCAGUGCACCAGUGAUGGCGAGCUGAGUGCUGAGGAAUUCGUGCCCAAGACCGGCCUCCUGAUGACCGUCCUGUGUGUGAUCUUCAUGAAGGGCAACCAUGCCACUGAGGAAGAUAUCUGGGAAGUGCUUAAUGUGAUGGGGAUAUAUGCAGGACGGAAGCACUUCAUCUAUGGGGAGCCCAGGAAGCUCAUCACCAAAGAUUUGGUGCAGGAAAAGUACCUGGAGUAUCGCCAGGUCCCCAACAGUGAGCCUCCACGCUAUGAGUUCCUGUGGGGGCCCAGAGCCCAUGUUGAAACCAGCAAGAUGCAAGUCCUGGAGUUUUUGGCCAAGAUCUAUGAUACCGUGCCCACUGCCUUCCCAGCCUGGUAUGAAGAGGCUUUGAGAGAAGAAGAAGAGAGAGCCCGAUCCCGAUUUGCAGCUCUGGCUCGUACUAAUGGGAUAGCAAGUGCAUGA